CUCACACACGGAAGAGCGCGCUCCGAACUCAAUCAUGUUGUGACAGAAACAGUGAAUGUUUGAUCGCGUCGCGUUGAUCAGAUGAAGAUGACUGUGUUGAGUUUCAUCUCUGCUGCUCUUCUUCUGCUGUCCUCGGUUUGCAGCGAGUCUCCCGAUGCUGACAGGACUCAUCAUGGAGACUUCGUGUAUUUUAAAGAUGCUCCGGACACAGUGCAGAACAACUCCAGUGUACACUUACUGUAUAACUGCUCUGCCGCCUGUCGAAUCAGUGUGGAAAUUAUAAUCUCCACGCCAUCCAGGACAGGGGUGGUAGUAUACAGACGGACCCUGACGAACUCUAAGAGGUUUGGAAAGCCCAGAUCUAGAGAUUUUCCUCUGGUGUUUCCUCCAGCUCUGCUCUACCGGAGAGAUUUUUUCCUCAGGCGUCCGCUGGAGGCCUGUAAUGUGCUGCUGAGAGCCCGUUUGCUGCAUUUGGGAGAACAGGAACUCACUGGAGACCAUAUUAAUGGAUCAGUUGUGAAAACGUCUAGGGUUUUGAGGACUCCGCCGCUUUCUGAGCGUCCAGCAUAUCCGCACACAAGAUCAGUAUCAUGGGGAGCGUGGCUGAUGUGGCGGGUUACCAACAAUGCUGUGAGGAAAUGUCCAGUCGAGUCAGACACUGUGGAUAUCCUGACAUUUCCAUUUGCAAGUACCGGUGAGAGGUUUGGUGUCAUACACACAUUCUCCUCCUUGAAGAAUGGAGAUCUGGAAUGGAGACGGACACUCGCUGUCAAACAGCCGAGUGUGACUCUGUCAUUGUGGCUCUACUUGCUGAGCUGGUGUGGCCAGUCAGUGUGUGGCGUGGUCAAACAUAUUAAUAAUCAAAGGAAGUAUGAAAGCCCGCUCAUUAUGGUGACUAACACAGGUAAUAUAGUGCUGCAGGUUCGAAUGGUGGAUGGAAAGGAUCAGGCGUUUACAGCACACACCGCUUUAACCCUACGCACAUGGAUCCGUCUGGACCUCUUUUUUCAGGGGUCAAAGGCCAAUAUAACAAUCACAAGGGAAGGAAAUACUGUGGAGAACACUUAUUUAUUUGAUUUUCAUCACCCAGUUCAGUUCAACGACACAUCAGGAUAUUUUGUGUUUGGUGGAUGCCGCUACACACCGGGCUUUCAUGGCUAUUUUGGACCAAUCAGAUAUUAUCGUUUAGGCUCAGAAAAGGUGAGAAACCCUCUGUCUCCUGCUAGGACACUACAGGAGCUGGACAGAGUCCACAGACAGUGUGAGGAAAUGAAGCAGGUCACUGAGCAGUAUCUACAGGCAUUGAGACACAACCGAGACACAUAUAGAGAUGUUUGUGUGUCUCAUUAUGAAGACCUUAAGAGGAUGUUUGGCAGUAGGAGCUGCCCACAAACUUGGUCUUGGGACCAGCAAAGAAGAUUCAACAUCACCUUGAGGCUUCUAGACGAGCACCAGGACUACUUAACAGGUCUGGACUCCAGUGGCAAAACCUUGCAAAAUCUAAGCCGGAUGAUUUUUCAGGAUGCGGUUAAGAUAAUAUCUAAAGCAGGGCAAUCUGAUGUUGGCCUCAAGUCCACUGCGAUUGUGCAUCUUCAGGUGUCCUCCUGCUGGGGUCAUCAACCUUCCUCUCUCCUGCUGGCCACCCUGCACCUGUCUGGCCUUGGUUUACCUGUGGACCUGGAGCAGGGUCACGUGUAUAGUUUGAUAGGCGGCGUAUCUGAUGACCGACUCUCUCUCAUGCAUUUGGGAUACAAGCACAUGCAAGGUCUGGACGGGUUCCCCAAAGACCAGAAUGCAGCAAAUGGCUACUACGCCAACAUCGGCAGACAGACCAGCAUCGACCGCAAUAAAGUACAAGACUCAGCGCAAACUCUCACUGAACAUGUGCAUUUGAGCAAUCACAUCGAGCUCCAUAGUCAGACUGGAGAAUCAGGAGAUAUCGUGCAGUAUCUGAAAUACCAGGCCGAGAGAGGAGAUCUGGAAUCUCAGAAAUAUCUGGCACGGAUGCUCCUGUGGGGCAGCAACGGUGUGGAUAAAGACCUGCAGGCGGCAGUGAUGUGGUGUGCCCGGAGCGCCCUGCAGAUGCUCGACCCCACCGCCAUGUAUGACUACGCUAUCCUGCUGCUAAAGGGCACCGGAGUGAAGAGGAACCGAACACUUGGCCUGGAGCUUUUAGAGCUAGCUGCUGAUAUGGGCUCUGUUGAAGCUCUGAAUGGACUCGGAUGGUAUUACAGUACUAUAGUAAAGGACAGAAGAAAAGCCAUAGAGUACUUUGAGUUGGCGGCUCAGAACGGCAGUCGCGAUGGGCUCUUCAAUGUAGGCGUCUACCAGUUAAAUGGUUUAAAUCCUGAUAAACCAGAUAGAAAUGAGACUGCAGCGUUCCAAUACUUCUUGCAUGCGGCUCAGUUGGGUCACGUGGACGGCGCUGUGGAGUCCGCGUCGUUCCUCUCCACUGGAACUGCCCCAGGAGUGCAGAGAAAUCAAGAUAAAGCUGUGAUACUCCUGAAACAAGUCAGUGAGACCAAUGGCCACCUAGGAUUUAGAGUUAAAGAAGCUCUUCAGACGUACCAGAGAGGAUCAUGGGAUGAGGCGUUGGUGAAGUAUGCCAUGCUAGCAGAAACUGGUCUUGGUGUGGCACAGCACAAUGCUGCCCAUCUGUGUGAGCUGUUAGGCCACAGUUCUGCCUGUCAGUGGAGGUAUCACAACUACUCCACCUACAACCACAUCCCUCAGGAAGCUGGUUUGCUUCAGAUGGGAGAUUAUUACUGUAAACAGGCUGAUAUGGUGAAGGCUAUUGACAUGUACAGUACAGCAGCAUUCCAUGGCAGUCCUCAGGGCCUCUUUAAUCUGGCCAUGUUAAUUCAGGAGGGUUAUGACGUUCCUGACACCAUUCUGGAUCAGAUGGGAAUCUCAGCAGCCGACGUAAACCGCAGCGAUGUUGUGGGACGUCUGCUAUACAGAUGCAGGGAGUUUGAGGAGGGUGAUGUAACGGCGUGUUCUCUUCUUCUGUGGUGGAUCCAGCUGAGUCGAGCGUGGACGGACAUCACACACAGCACUGUUCAGAUGAUGCUGAUCGGCGGGAUUUCAGUCACGCUCGUCAUCUUCAUGUUUACUGUGCUGUUACAAACUCUUCAUGCAUGUUACUCUGCGGCUUACCAGUCCACCAGCCGAUCAUCAGAUAGAGUUGAAGAAGCAGCAUUUGAUGAGCAGGACAUCAAUCCAGCGCAGACCAGUUCAGUUCAUCAGCCUGCAGACCUUCACACAUCUGAUGUACUCAUCUCAGUGACGGGAGUGUGUGCGUGUGUGGUCUUUACACUGUUCAUGUCACAUCUGCUUUGAAGAAAAGCUCAGAUUAUCCACACAUCAGCACGCUUCUCCUCAGGCCCUGCCCAGGAACAGUAAACCGUAAUUGACUUUCUUUAGGUUAUUUCAUCACAAGCUCUCAAAUGUUUUCAGUGCAAAUAAAUGUAUUGUGAUACAUCA